CAGCUAUCGCGAAGGGCGGCGAUAAUGAGGAAGAAGCGAAGAAGCAGAAGUUCUAGCGAACUAGACAAUGUUAAAUAGCAAAUAAGGUCUAAAAUGAAAGAUAAGUCCCCGUACUAAAAUAUGGGUAUAAUACUUUUUCUCAUAGACACUUCGGCGUCUAUGUCUCAACGGACAUUCUUGGGUACUACACUCAUCGACAUCGGGAAAGGUGCCGUAGAAACGUUUAUCAAGUUGAGGCAAAGGGACCAAGGGAGCCGAACAGAUCGAUAUAUGUUGAUGACGUCGGACGAAGUGGGCGCCAUUAAGGCUGGUUGGAAGGAAAAUCUUGCAACAUUUAUGAAUGAAUUGAAGAAUCUACAAGCUACAGGACUGACAAAUCUUGGCAGUGCUUUAAAGCAGGCAUUUGAUCUGCUCAAUUUAUACCGACUGCAAUCUGGGAUUGACAAUUAUGGCAUGGGUCGCAAUCCUUUUUACCUGGAUCCCGCAAUGGUCAUCUGUAUAACUGACGGUGGAAAACUUGCCUCAUCAGAGGGAGUCAAUCCAACGUUUGUAUUACCAAUGGUACCUAGUACUCCUGGUAAUGAACUAACUAAAGAACCAUUCCGUUGGGACCAACGCCUUUUCUCUUUGUUGCUGAAAUUUCCUGGUAGUCCUCAUGGCUUUGAUAAACAGGCUGGCGUUAUUGCAGAUGUUGCCAACGAAUAUUUGAUAACCCCAAUGUGUGAGGUCACUGGAGGACGAUCCUACAUAAUCACCACGCCAAAAUCCCUAUCAAAUAUCUUAGACUCGCUUGUUCAAAAAUUCCAAAUGGGAGUUGUGAUAAAUUUUGAAAAAAUUGGUGGUCCUGAUAAACCAACCGAAGGUACAACCAAUGCUGCAGCAGUAUCUGCAAACCAGACAGCAGAAACAGAGAACGAAGAGAAACCAAAUAUUUUGAACAAUGCUAUUAAGCAGUCGACAGCUGAUCUGCCUGGGAAUGGUAACCAUCCUGGUAAUGAUGAUACUGGGCAAUCACGUGAUGAUCAGUUAGCAGCACGUAAUACAGCCUCUCCAAUACCACCAGCUGUUCAGAAUAACAUGUGGUACAGCUGCAGAAGAUUGAUCUAUAUAAAAACGAAUCCUAAAGUCAAUUCGCCUGUAGGUCAUUGGCCUAUUCCGGAGUCUUUUUGGCCGGAUCACUCUACGACAACUUUAGAACCACGAGAUGCUGAUCCUACAGUGCUUUUCUCCUGUGUACAUUCUGAACCGAUGGUAAUGGAUUUAUUACCUUUUGAUAAAUACGAACUUGAAAGAUCGCCACUGACUCAGCAUAUCCUGGAAAAUGUUAAACCAACGCAUUGUUGGCAGACAUACGUGUCAGGUAGCGGGAAGAACAGCGAAUUGGGAUAUCCAUUUGGAUAUUUGAAAGCCAGUGUUAAUUUCCAAACAGUCAAUUUAUUCGUUAUGCCAUACAAUUAUCCUAUUCUCAUCCCACUGCUAGAUGAGCUAUUUAAAGUUCUCAAACUAAAUCCUACGCCCAAAUGGAGGCAACUUUUCGACAAGUAUCUGAGUGAUCUUCCAAGUUAUUACAUUGUGCCUUUGCGCACUGCAUUACGUCGCAUGGGCGCGAAUGCAAACAUGCUGAUACCUGACCAUAAUGAUAGUUCAUUGAAUAGCAGCGUUCAAAGUUACCUCAAGAAGCUGAAACAGCAGGCUAAAGUUGAAGCGGAUAAGGUCUUGGCGUUGAUCGGAAAGAAGAGCCCAGUUGACUAUGGAAGGACGAACCAGCAGUUCACUCCUCCUUUGUCACCAACCAGCAUGCAGAAACGAGAUUUCCCUGACGUAUUACACAAUAUUCCAAGCACAGUUCCCAGCGCGAAGUCUGAUGCUACCAGUGUUAAGAACUUACCAGAGGUUAAAGAGCUUCCAAAGAUGCGACAAUACAAGAAUCCGUUCGAUAUUAAGCGAACAGAGCUACUUGAUCAGUUGGCCCGAAUGAGAAUAAAUUUCUUUCACACUGCACCCACUGCAACAAUGUUACAAGAUCAAGACUCAAGGCACAGUAUAGCCAUCAGUCAAAUGGGGAACUACCAAGACUACUUGAAACAGACAAACCCAUUAAGAGAGUUGGAUCCGGGAAUGAAUAGGGCUCACAUGUUUGGUAAUCCAUUCAAGUUGGCCAAGGAUCAGCCAAUGAUGGUGGACGAAGCAGAUGUAGUUAACGAAGCUGUGGCAGGCGGACCGUCACGUAAGCGUCGCGACAGCCGCUCACCGCCCUCGUCGCCACGUGAGAAGAGGCGGAGGACGGACCUGAACCCUAAUCUUGCCAAACGUGCGAAUCCUCUUACCCCUCCCACACCGCCGCAGGAAAAUGUCAUUCAUCCAACUCCUCCGGCAUCACAGCCCGUCGCACAUCUCGCGCAACCACCCGGAAUAGUUGGUGAUAAGCUUCCGAUCCACAAUGUCAAUCAGUUGAACCACAAUGUAAGAGUACCUGUUCCUAACAAGAAGCGAAAACUUUCGGAAGGUGAAGGAAUGAAUGAACAACGUAAACCAGUUAAACAGAGUGUUAAUCCUCAACUACGUAAAUUACAACAACUUCAUCAUAAUAAACAGCACAGUCACGCAAACAGCGCGUUCACUACACCGGGGGCUGCUGGAAAGGAUAAACUGGAAUCCUCAAAAGAUAUUUCGUCGAUAUUGAGAAACGCCUGCAUGGUCCCUAAUACUUCAAAUGUCAAACUCUCUUCUGCUAAAGUCGAUGGCAAAAAAACUAACCAUAGUUUGCAUAAUGAUACUACUCCAAACAAAAACGAUAAGAUGGGAUCGCGAAAAAAAGAAGUUUUGAAAAGUAAAGCAUUGAAGAAGAUGUACGAAGAAAAUACAAAGCUUCGGAAUAUAAUAUGUAAACAGAUACGAACAUUAGGACAAGAUGCUGAUCCAAUCAUCAGCCAUCUUGAAAAGGUUCAAGGGAGUGCAAAAAAGAAAGAAGAGUUUGCUCGAUUGAUCAUUGACGAAGCAAGUAGAUUUAAAAAGAACAAACUUGUUGAGCGACUGAAUGAUUGGCUGACCAAAAAUGAACAGACUGUUGGAACAAACAGCCGUAAUCAUGUAAAAAAGACUGUAAAUAGAUAACGGUGGUUGAAAUUUGUUCAUACGUACAUACAUAAAUGAGGGUAUCUUCCUCUAAAGCAUUAACAUCUUUUUACUCACAGACAUGUCACAGACACACAUAUACGGGUGUCUACAUGGGAUAGAAGUUCAUUAUUAUGCAAGUUGCCAAUUUAAACCCUGUUUUUCGGCGACUGUCAAAGUUCGCUAACCUCACCUAAAAUGUUAAAAUGCAAAGGCGAACGUGCGUUGUGAUUCUGUAAAUUAGGCAGUCUAGGGUGGAAGAUGAUUUUCUAUACGCAGAACAAGUGAUUGUAUAUGGUUGCAUCUGCUUAUUCUUCUUCAUACUGCGCUAGGCAGUUGUAUUCCUGUUCCUAAUUUUUAUGGCAUUCAUGCGUCUAGAUCUGACUGAUCUAGAACAAUUGAGUAGCCCUCUUCUACAAACAGUUUAACAC